GUGGGUUCGGGGUUUAUUGAUUGAAUUCCGCUGGCGCAGGAUCCUCUGCAGAAAGAGAGAGCGCGAGAGAUGGAGAUGGACAAACGGAUUUAUUUAGAGCUGCGGAACAGGACGCCCUCUGAUGUGAAAGAGCUGGUCCUGGAUAACUGUAAGUCAAUUGAAGGCAAAAUCAAAGGCCUCACGGAUGAGUUUGAAGAACUGGAAUUCCUAAGUACAAUCAACGUAGGUCUCACCUCCAUUUCCAACUUACCCAAGUUAAACAAACUCAAGAAGCUUGAAUUAAGUGAAAACAGAAUCUCAGGGGACCUGGAAGUAUUGGCAGAGAAAUGUCCGAACCUUAAGCAUCUAAAUUUAAGUGGCAACAAAAUAAAAGAUCUCAGCACAAUCGAGCCGCUGAAGAAGUUAGAGAAUCUCAAGAGCCUAGACCUGUUUAACUGUGAGGUGACCAACCUGAACGCCUACCGAGAAAACGUGUUCAAGCUCCUGCCCCAGGUCAUGUACCUUGAUGGUUAUGACAGGGACAACAAGGAGGCCCCUGAUUCUGAUGUUGAGGGCUAUGUGGAGGAUGACGACGAGGAAGAUGAGGAUGAGGAGGAGUAUGAUGAAUAUGCCCAGCUAGUGGAAGAUGAAGAGGAAGAAGAUGAGGAGGAAGAAGGGGAGGAAGAGGAUGUGAGUGGCGAGGAGGAGGAGGAUGAAGAAGGUUAUAAUGACGGAGAAGUGGAUGAUGAGGAAGACGAAGAAGAAGCUGGUGAAGAAGAAGGGAGUCAGAAGCGAAAACGAGAACCGGAUGAUGAGGGUGAAGAGGAUGACUAAGGGGAAUGAACCUGUUUGGGGAAAUUCCUGUUGUGAUUUGACUGUUUUUACCCAUCUCCCCUCCCCCUCCUAUUCCUGCCCCCCGAAACUUAUUUUUUUCUGAUUGUAGCGUUGCUGUGGGAAUGAGAGGGGAAAAGUGUACUGGGGGUUGCCGGGGGUGGGGGUGGGAGGGGAGGAAUAAAAUACUAUUUUUACUGCCAUACUUAAUCCCCCCCCUCCUUUUUCCUUGUGUCUGGUUUUGUCCCCAUAAAAUGCAAUAGCUUAGUACA